AGACCAGGCAAGAGGAUAGUGUGACCAGGCACAACCUGGGUCGCUGUCCCCUGCUGUCUUGCCGGUCUCGAGAGGUACUAGCUGGAGGCGCACUCUCUUAGCGCUGUCCUGGGCCAGCCGGUGACCCUAGGCUACCUAUAGAGCCUGCUUUCCCUGACUGGCACAACUCCCCAGGGCACUCCGGUCCGUUGCACAGCGCCCCAAGGGGGUGUCCCAGUAAGUGAUGGAACUGGCUACUCUGAACCUCACUGAAGGGAAUGGAAGCGACCCAGAGCCUCCAGCCCUGGAGUCCAGACCGCUCUUCGGCAUCGGUGUGGAGAACUUCAUCACGCUGGUGGUGUUUGGCCUGAUUUUCGCGAUGGGCGUGCUGGGUAACAGCCUGGUGAUCACCGUGCUGGCGCGCAGCAAACCGGGCAAGCCGCGCAGCACCACCAACCUGUUCAUCCUCAACCUGAGCAUCGCAGACCUGGCCUACUUGCUCUUCUGCAUCCCCUUCCAGGCCACUGUGUACGCGCUGCCCACCUGGGUGCUGGGCGCCUUCAUUUGCAAGUUUAUACACUACUUCUUCACCGUGUCCAUGCUCGUGAGCAUCUUCACCCUGGCCGCAAUGUCUGUGGAUCGCUACGUGGCCAUUGUGCAUUCGCGGCGCUCCUCCUCCCUCAGGGUGUCCCGCAACGCGCUGCUGGGCGUGGGCUUCAUCUGGGCGCUGUCCAUCGCCAUGGCCUCGCCGGUGGCCUACCACCAGCGCCUUUUCCAUCGGGACAGCAACCAGACCUUCUGCUGGGAGCAGUGGCCCAACCAGCUCCACAAGAAGGCUUAUGUGGUGUGCACUUUCGUCUUUGGCUACCUUCUGCCCUUACUGCUCAUCUGCUUUUGCUAUGCCAAGGUCCUUAAUCAUCUGCAUAAAAAGCUGAAGAACAUGUCAAAAAAGUCAGAGGCAUCCAAGAAAAAGACUGCACAGACCGUCCUGGUGGUUGUUGUGGUAUUUGGCAUAUCCUGGCUGCCGCAUCAUGUUGUCCACCUCUGGGCUGAGUUUGGAGCAUUCCCGCUGACCCCAGCUUCCUUCUUCUUCAGGAUCACCGCCCAUUGCCUGGCAUACAGCAACUCCUCAGUGAACCCCAUCAUAUACGCCUUUCUCUCAGAAAACUUCCGGAAGGCAUACAAGCAGGUGUUCAAGUGCCAUGUUUGCAACGAAUCACCUCGCAGUGAUACUAAAGAAAACAAGAGCCGGAUAGAUACCCCACCAUCCACCAACUGUACCCACGUGUGAGGGCUUGCCGGAGCCUCCUGUCCUCCAGCUCCCAUGUGUGUUAGAGGAGGACGUAGUGAAUUAUCAAGUAACAUGGCAGCUUGUUCUCCUGACAGCAAUUCCUAUCAUUCUAACUAUAAUUCCACAGCGGUAAAAAGUACUUUGAUUGUUCAGGGAACUCCUGGGUCUACAGAAGAGAAUUUUUUAGUUUCAUUGCACUUUAUAAUUGUAUUUAUGAAGCAAAAGAAACUUCUGUGUAGUUUCUAUCUCUCAAGGAAUGAAAGUCCAGUAGCACUCUACAAAUAUGUUCUGAUCUCCACAGUAUAAAGCAAGUUCUGUAAAGUAGUGAAGAAUAUUUGAAAUCCACAUUUCAAAGCCAGUUAAUAUAGGGAAAAGUUCUUUUUUUGUUUUAAAUUUUGAGAGGAGAGGUAAUAGUCUAGUCUGUGCUUUAAAAUACAAUUGUGGGCACAGAGUAGUGAAUUUUAUUUUAUCGAACCUUUGUGGACUGGCGCCUCUCAGGAGCCAGGGGUGGCUCAUUUUCAAAGUUUGUUUCCAUGGGUGUCCAGAGAUCUGUCUGGGAAUGUGAGACCCAUCAAGUUCAUCUCAUGAGAUCAGUGGUGACUCUACUUUGAAGCAAUCUUGUGAACUUGGAGGUUUAGUAUGAACUAAGCAACUCCAGGUAGUCUGAUGAGGACUGCUGCAAACCUGAGUGUUGUAGUUUUAAUGUUCUCUGCAAAUGUGUUAGCUGUGCCUCCAAAGAAUCCAGGAAACUAGUCAGCCAGUAACUUCCACAGGGUUGAGAACUGGACAAAACUUAGCCACGUGGCUGAUAUUCAUGCCACAUGGAGAAAGCAGGAGAGAUGUUUGAUUCAGAAUGACUGAAGACAAAGGUAUUCUGUGGGAGAAUAGAUCCACACAGGGACGUCCUGCCUUAUGCAGAUGUGUACCAACAAAUGUCUAAUGAUUGUUUCCCCAAAUAUUAGUCCCUAGAGCAAUGUUAACUUAGAAUUAAAAUCAUCACCACGUGACUUACAAAUGUAA